AUGCGCCGUGGAGGCUUGACAAGCGAGCGGCUCGUACAUCUCACACUUCCAACCCUCGUUCCUCUGAGCAUUAUGCCUGGCACCGUGCGCAGGCCCAGCUGGCUAAAAACAAUUGUCCGAACCGGAGGCACAGCUUCGAAUUCUCCCAUGAGCCUCAAACGCACACCUUUUUUCGAGAACAGACCACCACUAGCCAACAGUAGCUGCAUCGUGGCCGGCCCAGUGAGUGACAGAGCUUGCUGCCUAAACCAUCUUCGCCACACCGCAGCGAAGCGGAAGCUCAUUAUUUGA